UAGUGCUGAGAUUCGUCUGUCGAUGUAAUUAGGAGACUCAUUAAACGAGAUGAGGUGUGUUAUCUUUUUGGCGUUUCUAUUUUUAGUGGCAAAUUCCUGUCAAGAGUUUUGGCAACAUUGGGGAAAAGCUUCUUGUAUGCCUUGGGCAAACAGCUGCUACCAAUCAAGCAAAUUUUCCGCUGUUAUAAUGUUUAACCGGUCCUUGUAUACCGAGUGCGGCCAGGAAACGAUUGACUCUCGUUUGAUGCGAUGUUUGGACGUUAGAAAUGUACAAGAAAUAAAGGUAAGAGAUUGUUUUCUGUCGGGAAUUGACUUUGGAAUAUUCACUUACGAGUAUGCAAUCGAACGCGUCCAGAUAUCGUACUCACCAUUCGUGUCUAAACGAAACUUCGAGAGCGCCUCGUUUAGUAACAUGUCCUCUCUGCGAUCUGUCGAAAUACGACACGUGAAGACGUCGGGUUUUCUAAAUUUAACAUUUCGCAAUGUUCCAUCGCUGACUUCAUUGAGUAUUCUAUUGUCUAACUUCACUUCAUUUCCGAACAGACCCUUCCGAGAGUUAAUUAAUCUUUACGAUUUAGACAUCUCGUAUGGAGAGUUAAGAGAUUUACCAGAAGAUCUAUUUUAUAAUCUUCAUAAUUUACCAUUCUAGACUUAAGUGAGAAUAAAAUUGAAUCGAUUCAUCCACUCGUCUUUAGAAA